AUGUUGGCAACAAUGGACGAAGACAAGAAGAAAGGGUGGUCUAAACACACAAAGUACUUAUGCCAUGCUUAUAACUGCACCAGACAUGAUGCGACUGGGUUCUCCCCGUUUGAACUCAUGCUUGGCCGCCAGCCACGUCUUUCUGUCGACUGGUACUUCGGUUGUCUAAACGUUGAAAGUACCCCUACCUCAACCUACGUCCAAGAUCUAAAGGAUAAGCUAGAUGCUGCGUACCGGAUUGCCUCUGGGAAUGCAGAGAAGUCCUCCACCGCCAACAAGACCCGAUAUAAUUGUCGCGUGCGUGUUCAUCAACUGUUCAAGGGGGACAGCGUUCUGGUUAAGAAUGUCUCAAUCCGUGGGAAACAUAAACUUGCAAAUCAUUGGCUGCCUGAGGUGGAAAUGAAAGCCCAGUUUACAUUGUGA